CUUUUCCUGUGCCAAAGUUAAUUUGACCAUUCCCCUGCUGAUUUUUUAAAAUUAAAAAAAAUUUUAAACUGUUUAAAAUUUUUUGCAGUUAGAAACAAUGAAUGGUGUAAUGAACUUCCUUAUACAUGUAUCUUUGCAUGUUUGUAUGGAUAGGUUUAUGGGAUACAUUUCUAAAAAUGUAACUGUUGGGUCUAUAGUAAGACACAUUUUGAAUUCUGAUAGAUGAUGCUAAAUUGCCACCCACCCCCCAAAAGUUUACGCCUCCACGAGGGUGUCCCAGGACUGAUACCUACUAGGCAAUUAGGCAUAGUGCCUAGGACCCAUGAUAGUUUUAGGGGCCAUAAAAACAUUUUAAUUUUUUAAAACAGGAGAAAAAAGUACAUAUAAGAAUGAAUAUGUGAUAUAUAAUGACUCCAGAUAGGAUUAUAUUCAUCUUUAUACCAAUCCACUCAUAACAUAUAAUUUUUAGUAUUUUUUUGGAGGAAGGGACCCUUGAAGACAAACAUGUAUAGAGCCCAUGCAGGUCAUUUUGUGGCCCUGGAUUCUCUAUUAGAGAAUUCUCUAUUAGGCUCUCUUCACAGCCUUGCAACUCUGAGACUUAUCUUUAAUCUUUUCUAGUCUUUUUUGUUUUUACUUGUAGUUCUUUGGUUAUUUAUGGGGCAUCAUCUCCUAAGUUUAUUGACCAUAUGAAUUGCCUAUUUAUGUUCUUUCCUCUCUCUCUCUCCCCCCCCCUUUUUUUUUUUUUUAGAGACAGGAUCUUUUUCUGUUGCCCAGGCUGUAAUGCAGUGGCAUGAUCAUAGCUCACUACAGCCUUGAACUUCUGGGCUCAAGAAAUCCUCGCAUUUCAGCCUUCUGAGUAGCUGGGACUACAGGCAUAUGUUACCAUGCCUGGCUAAUUUUUUUUUUUUUUUUCUUAGAAAUCGGAUCUCACUAUGUUGCCCAGGCUGGUCUCAAACUCCUGGGCUCAAGCAAUCAAUCCUUCCACCUUGGCCUCCACAAACAUUGAGAUUACAGUUGAAAAUGGACCUGGAGGUCAACGAACCAAUAGACUUUAGUUCUGGAGAUCAUCAACAUCUGAUUCGGAAAGCAGCAGAUAAAAGCAUCCAGUCCGGAUCUGGUGAGCGCUACACACCUUCAUCUUCAGUGGGGCCACAAGAAACUCAGGAGAAGCCACAGUCAAAGGACACUGAGCAGUCGAAUGUCUAUGUGAUACAAAUUUCAGAUGACAUCACCCCAGGUGAUAGCAAUGCAACUUUAGGCAAUCCGUUCUUGGACGCAUCUGUCCGCAGAGCUUUCAUUAUCAAAGUGUUCCUCAUCCUGUCAGUUCAGUUGGUGAUCACUAUGGUAAUUACCAGUGUGUUCAUUUUCUGGGAGGCUUUAAAAGUUUGGGUGCUCAAAACCCCGUGGUUCAUCUAUACAAUCUUCCCAGCAUUUUUUCUCGUGUUUAUUAUGCUUGCUUGCUGCGGGAAUCUCCGCCGUCAGGUGCCUGCAAAUUACAUUCUCCUGGGAGUCUUUACAGUUCUUCAAGGUCUGCUGCUAGGAGCCAUAUCAGCUUUCUACAAGGCUGAUGAAGUGUUAUGGGCAACAGCAGCAACUGCUCUGGUGACACUAGCACUCACUUUGUUUGCUCUACAUACUAAAUGGGAUUUUACCUUGCUAAAUGGAGGACUGUUCGUUUUCUGCUUCGUGCUUUUAGUCUAUGGAAUUAUCUUAAUCUUCGUGCCAUCAUAUUGGCUGCAUCUAUUGUAUGCUGGACUCGGAACUGUGCUCUUCUCGCUCGGUGACCAACUAUCCCAGUUUCCCAGUUUGCCUGGGACUGAAGAGUUUCCCAGAAUAUCCAAAAGUCUUGGGCAAAUUGGAAUAAUUGGCCACCUUAGCUUUCUUUGCUCUCAAAGGUUCUGGACUGAGACAUGGGGAGAAGGGACUCGCAGCCCAGUACUUGGUGAUGGAUGUGCAGCUCAUGCUGGGUGGGCACCACCGUUAUUCCCUGGACCCUGAAGAGUAUGUGUUUGCUGUCCUGAACAUCUACUUGGACUUCAUCAACCUUUUCCUUUUUAUUCUGCGUCUCAUUGGACUGGGACGGUAGUCACACAGCCAAGGCUGGCUUGUGCGGAGAAGAGGAAGGAGGGUGCUGUGAGGUGCUGCCAGCCUCAGACAUGCAGAAGUCACCACUUCAGAAGCCCUUUUAUUAAAAAAAAAUUAAUACUUAAUUUUUGUUAAAUGAAACCAAGCAUUCAGUAGAUGGUAGCUGUAGCUAUUAUAUUUUUAGUUCGUUGUCAUGUAGCAAAACUUUCAGGGGGACAUGUCUAACCUUUAUAGAUUCACAAUAUGAGUAUCUUAAUUACAUACUUACAAACACUUGUAAGAUGCCCAUUCCUUUGUUGAAGUUUUCUGAGCACUAUUUAAAGCUUGUAAACAAAUAUUUCCAGGUAAAUACAAUUGACUACAGAAACCUACAUUUACUUCUUUCUCUUCUCUUGGUUUGGACAUUCUGUGGGAAUAUUCUGGCAUCUGAUAUUUUGAAAGAGAUAAACCAAGGAAUUCUGCCUUUCUCUUGGAUUCCAGAGUCAGGCUGGAGAGAAUAAUAGAAUCCAUCUGGUGGGGUACAGAGAGGAUCAAUCAUCUUAGCUUUUUUUUUUUUUUGAGAUGGAGUCUUACUCUAUUGCCCAGGCUGGAGUGCUGUGGCACAAUCUUGGCUCACUGCAGCCUCUGCUUCCCAGGUCAAGCAAUUCUCCUGUCUCAGCCUCCUGAGUAGCUUGGAUAACAGGCGCUCACCACCACACCUGACUAACUUUUGUAUUUUUAGUAGAAACGGGGUGUCACCAUGCUGGCCAGGCUUGUCUUGGUUCCUGAUCUCAAGUAAUCCACCUGCCUUGGCCUCCCAAAGUGCUGGGAUUACUGGCGUGAGCCACCAUGCUCAGUCCAUCUUAACCAUUUUUAAGUGUACUGUUCAAGUAGUGUUAAGUGCAACCAAUAUCAAUAACUUUGUUUUUUGAGACAGGCUCUCACUCUGUCAUCUAGGAUGGAGUGCAGUGGCACAAUCAUAGCUCACUGCCUCAAUCUCCUGGGCUCAAAUGAUCCUGCUGCCUCAGCCUCCCUAGCAGCUGGGAUUACAGGCAUACAUGCCAGGCUUGUGUGUGUGUGACAUGGUCCCACUAUGUUACAGUGAGUAGCUAGUCUGGUAUGAGCAGGGUGGGAGAGGGCUCCUACCUCACACACACCAGGAGUGUUGGGUGGUCAUCAGGUGGUCAGUCAGUUAACUGUCCCGCUAAAGUGAUACUUGCUCACAGCUGGCACCAGGGAAAGGCCGUCUUCUAAUAGAUAGAAAACACCUGACACUGGUGAUCAGCCACUUCCCAAUAAGAUCUCAGGAGUUGGGAGAAGGAUGGAAGAGCCCGUAGUAUGCCAAUGCAUAAAACCUCCAGUCAAAAGGUCAAACUGUGCACUUGCCUUUCAAGCCACCUGGUUGGCCCUCUUCCAAGUAUAUGUUCUUUCCUUAUUGCUCUAAAGCUUUAUCAUAAACCUUCACUCCUGCUCUAAAACUUGCCUUGAUCUUUCCUUCUGCCUUAUGCUCCUCAGUCUAAUUCUUCCUUCUGAGGAGGCAAGAAUUAAGGUUGCUGUAGACCUGAACGGAUACUGAUAUGUUCUGCCAGUAACACUCUUUGCAGACCUGUGGCUUGGAGACUUGCCACUGCUAACUAACAGCCAUGUUGCCCGGGCUGGUCCUAAACUCCUGCCCUCAAGUGAUCCACCUGCCUGGCCUCCCAAAGUGUUGAGAUUACAGGCGUAAUCCACCACUCCCAGCCCAGAACUUUUUCAUCUUGCAAAACUGAAGCUCUAUAUCAAACAACAAAAAGUUCCAUGACAUUUUGAAUUCAAUUUUAUAUAAUAUUGAUUAUAUUCCUGAAGGUCAUAAGCUGAAUAGAUCUUUAUAUACCUCCUGAGUCUCAUGCCUUGGGGGUAUGUUUCAUGAGAAAAAGAUUUUACUCAGAUGUGUAAAAGCUCACACUUUCAAAUCUAUCCAAAGAAAUCUAUGUCUACAUUCCUGCCUCACCUAUUUCUAAUUCCAAGUCCUAGGCCAACUAGUCUUUGGUGCUUGCCCCAGCAGGAAGAAUAUGUCAUGGCUGUGGUAUGAACAAAGACACUAAGCCAGUGUGCUCCUGGUAUGCUUAAGGUAGUCUGGGGAGGGAGUCAGAGAAAAAGAUUUCUGUAGAGGAAUAGUUGUGCCACAUGAUGGAGGACCUAAAAUAUCAGGCACAGGGUUUCAGGCUUUAUCUUGUAGGUGUAAAGUUUUGAUUGCAGUAUCAUGAUGAAGGCACUGCUUUAGGGUUAUUGGUCUGGUCAUGGUGGGUGGGUUAGCGUGGAGAAGAGAGAUACUGGAGAAAGAAAGGGCCCAUGCAAUAACCUAGGCUUAAGUCACUAAAGGACAGAACAUGGGUGAUAAAUGGGGUGGAAUAAACCAAUCAUAUAUGAUCAAGAUAAUGGACAAAGGGGUUAGUGGGAGUUGAGAUGUAAUUGGAUGGAUCUGUGUAGCAGGGGGAAGUAGGUUCUGCAGAGCCUGUGCUUGGGGGAUUAGGGCUUAGAGAACACUGGAGGAGGUGUAAUUUAGCUGCCCCCAGCUGCGCAUGAGGGCGUGAGCCAGAGAAGAUUGUGAUAACUCCUUCCUGCAUUAUCAAAAUUAUUGGACAUGACAAUUCAGAGGAAUUUACAGAUCUCAAGGAAGCCAUUUGAAUGUAAGUACAGACACUAUACGCAGUCCCAGACAUCUGACUUUUUGAUUACCUGUUGUUACAAAUUUGCCCUAUAUCCAUUACUUUCUGGUUAUGGUAUCUCUCAGAAGGGGACUUUAUUUCAGCAGAGUUUCAUACUGUGUUAAUAGUCUCUUACUAUUACUAGCAAAGUCCUGGAAGAUGGGCUUAACCUCUGUAAUAUGAGCACAUAUAAGAAAAAGGGUCUUUAAAGUCACUCAGCAAAAACUCUAGGAGGACCCCUUAAAGCUCCUGGGUCUGGAUAUUUUAACAAAUAUUACUGUGUAUACACCUGCCAAAGUGAAGACACAGUGAAUUAAUUCCAUACAAAAAAGUAAAUUCGGCUGGGAAUUACUUAAGCAUUUGCAUAUUCUCCUUGGCAUCAACCUUCAUGCACAUACAGUAAUAGGGACAUGUGACAGCCCCUUGCUUUCUGAAGUUUUUCCUUUCCCAGUAUGGCAUUAGGGAUUUCUGUUGUCUCAGCAAUGUUCCCAAACACAUGUAGCCUAUUGUAUGAGCUUAUCUUACAUGCCAUUACAUAGCAGCGGUGACUUGAUUAAAAGUCCUUAUACUUCUAUGACAGUCUUUUGACUUCUGCAUUUAGUAAGGACUCUGAGCAAAAUACACCCCUUAGGGUCAGUAUAUCCAAUGAGUAGAUUGAUUUGUUCUCAAUAUUAGAAGUUUUGUUUGAAAAGAGAGUCACUAAUUUGAAAAUCUUUCAGGAGUGGUCCAAAAUCUAACAAUGUGUAGCCCAUCUAUAAGUCAACUCAAGAUGAACAUAAAAUGAAAGAUUAUUGGCCAGGAAAAGAGAGAGGAGAAUCCACUCUUCUGGCUUCUGGCUACACUUUCCAUAAUGUUCACAAAUGUAGGAACUAUCUAACAUUUAAUUGUUAGUCUUUAUAUUUUCCAAGUGAAUAUUACCUUAUCUAGCUCUAGACAUAGUUCGAUGAACAUAUCUAUGUAUAUACAAAUGGACCUUGGUGUUAAAGGCUAAUGCACAGUUGGCCAUGUUCUUUUAAAAAUCAGCAUGCCAAACUUCAUAUGGAACCAAAAAACAGCCUGCAUAGCCAAGACAAUCCUAAGCAAAAAAAAAAAACAAAACAAAAAACAAAGCUGGAGGCAUCAUGCAACCUGACUUCAAACUAUACUACAAGGCUACAGUAAUCAAAACAGCAUGGUACUGCUACCAAAACAGAGAUAUAGACCAAUGCAACAGAACAGAGUCCUCAGAAAUAAUGCCACACAUCUAAUCUUUGACAAACCUGACAAAAACAAGCAAUGGAGAAAGGAUCCCCUAUUUAAUAAAUGGUGCUGGAAAAACUGGCUAGCCAUAUGCAGAAAGCUGAAACUGGAUCCCUUCCUUAACACCUUAUACAAAAGUUAACUCCAGAUGGAUUAAAGAUUUAAACAUAAGACCCAACACUGUACAAACCCUAUAAGAAAACAUAGGCAAUACCAGUCAGGACAUAGGCAUGGGCAAGAACUUCAUGACUAAAACACCAAAAGCAAUGGCAACAAAGCCAAAAUAGACAAAUGGGAUCUAAUUAAACUUAAGAGCUUCUGUACAGCAAAAGAAACUAUGAUUAGAGUGAACCAGCAACCAACAGAAUGGGAAAACAUUUUGCAAUCUACCCAUCUGACAAAGGGCUAAUAUCCAGAAUCUACAAAGAACUAAAACAAAUUUACAAGAAAAAAAUAACCCCAUCAAAAAGUGGGCAAAGGAUAUGAACAGACACUUUUCAAAAGAAGACAUUUAUGCAGGCAACAAACAUAUGAAAAAAUGCUCAUCAUCACCGGUCAUUAGAGACAUACAAAUCAAAACCACAUUGAGAUACCAUGUCAUACCAGUUAGAAUGGCAUCAUUAAAAAAUCAGGAGACAACAGAUGCUGCAGAGGAUUGGAGAAAUAGGAAUGCUUUUACACUGUUGGUGGGAGUGUAAAUUAGUUCAACCAUUGUGGAAGACAGUGUGGCGAUUUCUCAAGGAUCUAGAAAUAGAAAUAACAUUUGACCCAGCAAUCCCAUUACUGAGUAUACACCCAAAGGAUUAUAAAUCAUUCUUUUAUAAAGACACACGCACAGGUAUGUUUAUUGCGGCACUGUUUACAAUAGCAAAGACCUGGAACCAACCCAAAUGCCCAUCAGUGAUAGACUGAAUAAAGAAAAUGUGGCACAUAUACACCAUGGAAUACUAUACAUCCAUAAAAAAGGAUGGGUUCAUGUCCUUUGUAGGGACAUGGAUGAAGUUGGAAACCAUUAUUCUCAGAGAGCUGACACAAGAACAAAAAAAAACCACUGCAUGUUCUCACUCAUAAGUGGGUGUUGAACAAUGAGAACACAUGGACACCAGGAGGGGAAUAUCACACACCGCAGCCUG